AGUAGUAGACGGCGAGUCGCCAGUUUUCCCCCACCUGGAGACGACAGAGCACGGAGAAAGCGAACGACCGCGGCGAUGCUCUACAUAGUCGGCCUCGGCCUCGGCGACGAGCGCGACAUCACGGUGCGGGGGCUCGACGCCGUCCGCCGCUGCGCCAAGGUCUACAUGGAGGCCUACACCUCCCUCCUCUCUCUCGGCCUCGACCCCGCCUCGCUCGCCAACCUCGAGAAGAUGUACGGCAAGGAGAUCACGGUCGCCGACCGCGAGAUGGUAGAGGAGCGCGCGGACCAGAUGCUGAGCGAGGCCGCGGAAGCCGACGUCGCCUUCCUCGUCGUCGGCGACCCGUUUGGGGCGACCACACACACUGAUUUGGUUGUUCGUGCCAAGAACAUGGGGGUAGAGGUUAAGGUUAUCCACAAUGCAUCUGUCAUCAAUGCUAUUGGCGUUUGUGGGUUGCAACUUUACCGCUAUGGAGAGACCAUCUCUAUACCUUUCUUCACAGAGACAUGGAGACCGGACAGUUUCUAUGAGAAAAUUCAGAACAGUCGUCGACUUGGCUUGCAUACUCUUUGCCUACUAGACAUCCGUGUUAAGGAGCCAACACUUGAGUCCUUAUGCAGAGGAAAGAAAGUGUACGAACCAGCAAGAUUCAUGACCGUGAACACUGCAAUAAGUCAGCUUUUGGAGGUGGAGGAACUGCAUGGGGGAUCUGCAUAUGGUCCAGAUUCGCUAUGUAUGGGUGUAGCUCGCCUUGGAAGCGAUGAUCAGAAGAUUGUGGCUGGCCCCAUGAAGAAACUACUAGAUGUUGAUUUUGGACCACCCCUUCACUGUCUCAUUAUAGUGGGAGAGACUCACCCUGUGGAACAAGAGAUGCUAGAAUUCUACAUGAUCAAGUAGUGAUGAGCUUUCGUAUGAGGAACUUGUAGUCUAGAUGCACGGUCCCCAUAUGGAGAAAAGAAGCUCUCUUGAAGCGUUGAUGUUUGCUUGCACUCGAAGUGUCCACCAGGAGUUUGCUGCUGGAUCAGCGGCUACUCAUAUACCGAAUAGACCUCGAGAGAUAUUGUUACUUAUUCACAAACGUUGAUCAGAAUACUAGCUGCUAUUGCAAGGUCAUCACUGAAUUCUCUUGUU